ACGCAUUGCAAGAGAAAUGUCGUGCAGUCGAAGUGGUAUCUCAAACAAUGUGAACGAGUUUACAUUAGAUUUGUACAAUGAGAUAGCGACAUCACAGCCAAAACAAGUUUUCAUGUCUCCAAGUGGCUUGAUGCUUGUAAUGGCAAUGUUGCAUGUCGGGGCGGGAAGAAACACGGAAAAGCAAAUGGCCAAAGUAUUAAAACUAGAGAAAAUUGAAAAUGAUACAUUGUUCUGCGACAUGGAACAAUUCAUUAAAAAAUUAAGAGAAGGUAACAAUUCAGUUCAGUUGAAAACGGCUAACAAAAUUUAUCCAAAUUCCAAAAAUGUUGUAUACGAUGAUUAUAUUAAACAACUAAAGGAACAUUUUCACUCCGAGGUACAACAUUUAGACUAUUAUUUUCAAUCGAAGAAAUCAAUAAACAUUAUAAAUGAAUGGGUAGAACAAGCAACAGGUGGUAAGAUAAAGGGUUUGGUUUCACCUGAUCCAGUCAACCCACAAACAGCUAUGGUUGUAGCCAAUGCUAUUUAUUUCAAAGGCGGAUGGAACGGUCCAUUUGAUCCGAAGGAUACAACUAAAGGUGAUUUCUUUAUCAACGAUAAAGAAAACGUCCAAGUCGAUAUGAUGAUGAAGGAAUUAGAUUAUGAAGAUAUUGGAUAUAUAGAUGACGAGGAAUUAGACUGUAAAGCGAUUGAACUAACAUACACCGGUCAAGAUAUAGCUGUUAUUUUGUUACCAAAUAAAAAAGAUGGUCUCGGAGCAAUGGAAAAGAAACUAACAACGGAUGUGCUGAAGCAGUUAGUAAAGAAGUUGGACCCAAAAACGACCAUUGUGAUAGUGAGCAUACCAAAGUUCAAACUUGAGACGGAAUAUGACAUGAAACAAGUCUUAUCAUCCUUAGGCAUGACUGAUUUGUUUGAUAAAGAAAAAGCAGACCUGUCAGGAAUGGGAAAAGACCUGCAUGUUUCAGGUGUUUUCCAGAAAUCUUUUAUAGAUGUAAAUGAAGAAGGGACAGAGGCGGCUGCUUCAACAUGGGACGGCGUUAUGGUUUUAAGUGACGAUCCAUUACCUCAAUUUCAAGCAGACCAUCCAUUCUUCUUUAUGAUUUGGGAUCAUAGGCUAAAUGUACCGCUAUUUUUUGGACGUUUAACUAACCCUUAUGCUUUAUAUCCAUCCGAUCUGUAGACUGAUUGUAAACAAACCAGAAAAGGCAUUUAAAAAAAGAAGACACCACGCUUUUGAUAAUAUCUUAGAGGUCGGUCUUCUAAACCGGUUCUCCUUGAUAACUAAACAGAAAUUACCAUUUUCUUUGCAAGUGGUCUACUUCUAAUACUACAUGAUUUCUGAAUCAGUGGCGAAAGACAAAUACCAAUAACAGUCAAUGUCAAAGAUCAAUUGACA